UGUUGAUCAGGGUAAGAAAUUAAUUAUUUUUCUCUUAAUAAGAAGAGAGGAUUUUGUUUCUGGGAUAUCUUUUUCCUUCACCGCCCUUCUCAAAGGUCUCCACCUCUUUCUCUCUAUUUUUCGCUUUUCUGAACGAUUUUCAGGGUUUUGAUUAUCUCUCGCGUAUCUCUUGAUCGCAAAAGCUCUCCCGAUCCUUUUGAAUCGGGAUUCGCUGAUCGUCAAGGUCUUUUUUUGGGCUUAGGUUCUUGUGAGCUUCAAAAGCCAUCUUUCACCAUGGAGCGCAAGACGAUUGACUUGGAGCAAGGAUGGGACUAUAUGCAGACUGGUAUCACCAAGCUGAAACGGAUUCUGGAAGGACUUCCUGAGCCGGCAUUUGACUCUGAGCAGUACAUGAUGCUUUAUACGACAAUUUACAACAUGUGCACCCAGAAACCACCGCAUGAUUACUCACAGCAGCUUUAUGACAAGUAUCGUGAAGCAUUUGAGGAAUACAUUAGCUCAACAGUUCUGCCUGCUCUAAGGGAGAAACAUGACGAGUACAUGCUGCGGGAGCUGGUUAAAAGAUGGUCUAACCAUAAAGUUAUGGUUAGAUGGCUUUCCCGAUUCUUCUACUAUCUGGAUCGGUACUUUAUCGCUCGGAGAUCACUUCCACCACUGAAUGAAGUUGGCCUGACAUGCUUCCGUGACCUGGUUUAUAGUGAGCUGCAUUCCAAGGUCAAAGAAGCUGUAAUAGCACUUGUUGAUAAAGAACGGGAGGGCGAGCAAAUUGAUAGGGCGUUGCUGAAAAACGUAUUAGAUAUAUAUGUAGAGAUUGGAAUGGGGCAGAUGGAAAGAUACGAAUCUGAAGAAUGUCUAAAGAAGGAGAGGGAAAGAGUAGCUCACUAUCUUCAUUCAAGCAGUGAGCCAAAGCUGGUUGAGAAAGUACAACAUGAGUUGUUGGUCGUGUAUGCAAAUCAGCUUCUAGAAAAAGAGCACUCAGGGUGCCGUGCAUUACUGAGAGAUGACAAGGUUGAUGAUCUCUCCAGGAUGUACAGGCUUUAUCACAAAAUUGCGCGAGGUUUGGAACCUGUUGCAAACAUAUUUAAGCAGCAUGUCACAGCAGAGGGUAACGCACUUGUGCAACAGGCUGAAGACACGGCUACUAAUCAGGCUGCAAACACUGCUAACGGGCAGGAGCAGGUUCUUAUCAGAAAAGUCAUUGAACUACAUGAUAAGUACAUGGUGUAUGUCACUGAAUGUUUCCAGAACCACACCCUCUUCCACAAGGCUUUGAAGGAGGCAUUUGAGAUUUUCUGUAACAAAACAGUGGCUGGAAGUUCAAGUGCUGAAUUACUUGCUACAUUCUGCGAUAAUAUCCUCAAGAAGGGAGGAAGUGAAAAGCUGAGUGAUGAAGCUAUUGAAGAUACGCUUGAGAAGGUGGUCAAAUUGCUUGCUUAUAUAAGCGACAAGGAUCUUUUCGCCGAGUUUUACAGGAAGAAGCUGGCCCGUAGGCUCUUAUUUGAUCGCAGUGCUAAUGAUGAUCAUGAGAGAAGUAUCCUUACGAAGCUCAAGCAACAAUGUGGUGGGCAGUUUACUUCUAAGAUGGAGGGCAUGGUAACGGAUUUGACAUUGGCAAGAGAAAACCAGAACAAUUUCGAGGAGUAUCUAGGAAAUAACCCCGCUGCAAACCCAGGGAUUGAUUUGACUGUCACUGUUCUUACCACUGGUUUCUGGCCAAGCUACAAAUCAUUUGACAUAAAUCUACCUAGUGAAAUGGUCAAGUGUGUUGAAGUUUUCAAAGGGUUUUAUGAAACUAAAACGAAACAUAGGAAGCUUACCUGGAUCUAUUCACUUGGAACUUGUAACAUCAACGGAAAGUUUGAUCAGAAGCCCAUCGAGUUGAUUGUGUCUACAUACCAGGCUGCUGUGCUACUGCUGUUCAACAAUACUGACAGAUUGAGCUACAAUGAAAUAUUAACCCAACUGAAUCUAAGCCAUGAAGAUCUGGUGAGGUUGCUUCAUUCCUUGUCGUGUGCUAAGUACAAGAUUCUUCUCAAGGAGCCAGUCACAAAGACUGUUGCCCAGGGCGAUUAUUUUGGAUUCAACGCCAAAUUCGCAGAUAGGAUGCGCAGAAUAAAGAUCCCUCUCCCUCCAGUUGAUGAAAGGAAGAAAGUUGUUGAAGAUGUGGAUAAAGACAGACGCUACGCAAUUGAUGCUGCCAUUGUUAGGAUCAUGAAGAGUAGGAAGCCUGACAUUAAAGCGAUUAAGAAGCGUAUGGAGGAUUUAAUAACGAGGGAUUACUUGGAGAGGGACAAGGAGAACCCUAACAUGUUUAGGCUCGCUGCUAAGCGUCUUCUCGAGAUCCGUCAAGUUUUCCGCCAACCACCCUCUCAGGUGUCUCGUGGCUUAUCGACAGCCUUAAACUACCACCUCGAUUCUCCUGAUAACAAACCCGAUCUUCCAUGGGAGUUUUCGGAGGCAAACAAAUCCAAGGUUAAGGAGAUACUCUCUUACUAUCCUUCAAACUACAAGCAGUCUGCAGUUAUUCCUCUUCUAGAUCUUGCCCAACAGCAGCAUGGAGGCUGGCUCCCUGUUUCAGCAAUGAAUGCGGUUGCUAAAGUUAUAGAGGUUGCUCCUAUUCGUGUGUAUGAGGUCGCAACAUUUUACUCAAUGUUCAACAGGGCAAAGGUGGGAAAGUACCACCUGCUGGUUUGUGGCACAACACCUUGCAUGAUCCGUGGUUCACGAGAUAUCGAAUCAGCUUUGCUAGACCAUUUGGGAGUGAAACGCGGUGAAGUCACAAAGGAUGGUUUAUUCUCUGUUGGAGAGAUGGAAUGCAUGGGAUGUUGUGUUAAUGCACCCAUGAUCACUGUGGCAGACUAUUCCAAUGGAUCAGAAGGAUAUACAUAUAACUAUUUCGAAGAUGUGACACCUGAGAAAGUGGUAGAGAUUGUUGAAAAGCUGAGAAAAGGAGAGAAGCCACCGCAUGGAACUCAAAACCCGAAAAGGAUCAAGUGCGGACCAGAAGGAGGAAACACGACACUGCUUGGCGAGCCAAAGCCACCGCAGUUCCGUGACCUUGACGCUUGCUAAGCUAAACUUCUUUAAGCCGCCGGUUUUGUGUGGUUCAAUAACGCAAAAGGCUAUAGUGAUGUUUGAAGCCUAUAGCAUCAAUUUGAGUUUGCAUACUCUUUGUAGUCUUCUUGGUUUCGGAAUUUAGACCCCAUUUUAAAACGAAUGGCCAAAAGCAUCCUCCUCUCUUUUUUUUGUUAUGUAUCUCACUUCUAAGAUUUAUGUGAAAUUGUUGCAAUAAAGACUUGUAUGUGUUUUUUUAAAAAAAACAAUGCAUUAUUAUGACAAACCAAUCUCAGUUUUGAGGUAAU